UUAUCUUCGCUUUCUCCGCUCCUCUCCAAAACCCUACCUUCCCCGAUCUCUUUCCUCUCGAAACGCUGGCUCCAAUGGCUGCCCUCCUCUCCUCCCACUGCCGCCUCUCCGCCACUGGCCCGAGAUCCUCCGUCUCGGCCAAGCGGAGCUGCUUCGAUGGGCACCGGAGAACCCUCUGGUUCCGUUGCUCCUCGUCUUCUUCUUCGAGGUUUCCCAAACUCGAAUCCUUAAGGGUAGAGGUAGCGAAGAAGAACUCAUUUCAUCUGAAGGAAUGUUCAGUUUCCAUAGCAUUGGCAAUUGGAUUGGUCACUGGUGUUCCCACACUAGACUGGCCUGCACAUGCAUCCCCUUCAGGCCCCGUGCUGCCUGAUCUCUCAGUUUUAAUCUCUGGACCACCUAUUAAAGAUCCUGGUGCCUUGUUGAGGUAUGCAUUGCCUAUUAAUAGCAAAGCUAUUUGGGAGGUUCAAAGGCCUCUGGAGGAUAUAACCGGCAGUCUCAAGGUCUCUGGGGUCAGAGCAUUGGAUUUGGUUGAGAGAAAUGUGAGGCAUGCAUCUCGUGCUCUCAAUCAGGGGAGAACUUUGAUUCUGUCGAGUGUGGCUGAAUCAAAAAAAGAACAUGGACAAGAGUUGGUUGACAAGUUGGCCACUGGAAUGGAAGAGCUCCAGCGUAUUGUAGAGGAACGGGAUAGGGAUGCAGUUGCAGCAAAACAAAAGGAGCUUCUGCAAUAUGUUGGAGCUGUUGAAGAGGAUAUGGUGGAUGGUUUCCCAUAUGAAGUGCCAGAGGAAUACCGUAGUAUGCCUCUUUUAAAGGGGAGGGCAACUGUUGAUAUGAAGGUGAAAGUUAAGGACAAUCCCAACAUACAGGAGUGUGUAUUUCGCAUAGUUCUUGAUGGAUACAAUGCCCCUGUGACAGCUGGGAAUUUCUUGGAUCUAGUGGAAAGGCACUUCUAUGAUGGAAUGGAAAUCCAAAGAGCCGAUGGCUUUGUUGUUCAAACUGGAGAUCCUGAGGGACCUGCAGAAGGUUUUAUUGAUCCAAGUACAGAAAAAAUCCGAACAAUACCUCUAGAAAUCACGGCUACUAGUGACAAAAUGCCGGUCUAUGGUGUGACAUUAGAAGAACUUGGACGAUAUAAAGCUCAAACCCGACUUCCAUUUAAUGCAUUUGGAACCUUGGCAAUGGCUAGAGAUGAAUAUGACAACAAUUCUGCUUCCAGCCAGGUCUUCUGGCUUUUAAAAGAAAGUGAACUGACACCUAGUAAUGCGAAUAUAUUGGAUGGGCGGUAUAGUGUGUUUGGAUAUGUUACUGAGAAUGAGGAUUAUUUAGCAGAUCUCAAGGUGGGAGAUGUCAUUGAAUCAAUCCAAGUUGUUGCAGGUCUUGAUAACCUUGUCAACCCAAGUUACAAGAUUGUAGGGAGAUCUAUUGAACCUACGAUAACUGGAAGCAGGUUAAACCAGAAUUUGUAGUAGGAGGUUGUAGCAUUUCAGCCAUAUGAGGGCAGUUGUUGGUGCUCCACUGAAAGAAGGUAAUAUUUUCUUUGCCCUGGAGUCGGCAAAUGGGCCGGAUGAGAUAUUCACCAUUUUCGGCGUCAGGGUUUGGUUUUUCAUUAAAAAACCAGGACGGCCCCAUCCCAAUUAAAACCUUGUAUUUAUGUGUUUUCUUAUUAAAAAAAAAACGAAGAAGAACACAAAUACACAUACACACACUUAUCAUUCCUUCUUUAGAACUAGGACAGUUGGAAGCUCGGGCAAAUACCAAAGUGAAAUUGAGAUCCAAUAUAAGAGACCUUCGCCAAUUUGGCAAGCAUGGAAAUGCUUGCUUAGCCUUGUCAAGUGCCUCACCUAAGAUUAUUUGACGAAGUAAUACAUCUGAUCAUAUCAUUCAUCAUGACUGCAUGCACAUGUUUAUUAUGGAAAGUUAUGCAUCAAGUCAUCAGCUAGUCUUUGAUCACCAAAUGUCUUGAAAAAUCUAUCUAAAGCGUAGCAUCUGAGAUUAGAUUUAAAACAGUGAAGAAGAAUCUGCAAUUUCCUGUACUAGUUUUUUUUGCCAACUAGACUCCUGCGACCCCUACAUGAGAGGAAGGAUGAGAGAGAACUACGAUUCCUACAUCCCUCCCUUCCAGCCCGGCUCGGUACACAUUAGAGAGAAGAGAGAGGCCAUCUGGUCUCACCUUCUCGCCGAGGAGGUUGUCGCCGCCUCGCCUAUGAGGCCGUGACUCUAUGAGAAGCCUGACUGCCGCCGGCGGCCGGCUGAGCGAGUCUGCGACUACGAGAAUUCGAGAACGCCGAGAAGAGAACUAGAGAAGCAAUGGGGAAGAUGGGGUUUGGGACCGGCUUUGGGAACGGUUGCUGCGUGCGAACUCAGUGCGAAGGAAGAAUAAUGCUACUGUGCUGCGCUUAGCAGCUUUACAGCGAUCGUAUUGGGAUUUGGGACUUCUUUCCCACGUCUCGUCAUCAUGAAGGCUGAAGCGAUUUCCCACAGGCAACAGCGAAGCAGGCAAGUAGCUUUCACGUCUUGUAGCCCUGCGGACGUCUUCUUUCCCACGUCUUGUACGCCGGAGCGGCGUGGCUUACUAGCUUUCACUGUAGCUCUACGGACUCCGGAGCCUUAGGCGACCGCCCGUCUCUUGCUUUCUCUAGUUUCGUGCUUUAUUUUUUUUUGAAAUCAUGACUCUGUUGCAAUCUGUGGUUCUACUAGAAAAGCUUUUAUCUCAUCAAUCAUAAAAUAAAAAAAAUUCCAUGUAUUCAUCUUUAGGAUAUACACAAGAAACAAUCCAAUUUAAGGAUUCUUUACUUCUA